GUCCCCCUGGAUGCCUGCAUCACCAACUGGAACUGGCUGAAUCAGAACACCUCCAGGUUGAUGAAGAAAGUCGCUCACAAUCCCAACAUACAGUGUCCGACCAACAUUGUCCCCGGAUCCUUCUUCCCCGGAAUUGGGAUCGCCGUAUUCCGGAGCAGUGACGUGGUGAACGAGGCUGAACCACAGGCGGAAGGCUGGACCCUCAGCUUCGAGGCCACGAUCCGCCCAACGAAACACACCGGCCUCAUCAUGGCCUUGCUGACGGCACAGUACGAUCCCAUGGUCAAGCUGCAGUUCUCCCUCCAGGACCAUCAUGAGCAUUUCCGCCUGGACCUGGGAGACUCCACAAUUAUUAACAUGGCUGGCCCAGCGAGACUGUGCGAUGGGCAGAGGUUGACUCUGAGUGUUUCGGAGACGGAGGUGAGGUUACAGAUCGGGGACCAGGUGGCCAGCCAUCCAGUCGAAGCCAGAGACUUUGCAGCGUUGAGGACAUCGUGGGUCAGUCAUCAGCCUGUGCUGUUCCUGGGAGGCCUCCCAGACGUUGAGAAACUGGGUUAUUCCUGGUAUCUUUACUCGGGCUGUAUGCAGGACAUCCGUCUGCAGGGUGAAACGGUGGAUUUUAACCAGGCCUGGUACAAACACAACGCCAUCUCUUCGCACAGCUGCCCAGCUCCUCACCCCUCACAGAUCACGCAGAUGGAGUUUCACUAACAUGCAAUGCUCCAUCCAUCAAUUCACGAGGUUCCUUGAGCCAGUCGGCUCUGUGUUUCCUCUGACAGCAUUCGACCACCCUGUAGCUACAGCAACACCCUCACCCUCACCCUCACUCCCACCGCCUCACCAAUAAAACUCUUGCAAAAUG